AUUUUAGGCUAUUUACCUGGGUCAGUUUGUUUAAUUAUUACUGUUGUUAUUAUUUCUGUUCCUGUCGCAGUUGUCAUGUCUAAUAGUAGGAUCCGUCAUCCCACAUACUGUUUAAACCAAAUCUUGCUUGCUACUCUAGAAAAUAGGCUCAGAUUUCUUCUUAAAGUCCAAACCAUUCCUUUGAAGACUAACAGAUGUUUGCCCUCCUCUUCAGUCCGUGAAAGGUGACAGUUAAAUGAACUCUUACUGGUUUCUUUCCUCUUUGCUUUUCAACACCACAGUCAGUGGAAGUAGAUUUGCAUCCCUUUCUGCCAUCCCUUUGGGUUUUUGACUGAAGCACACGCCCAUCCCCUUCCUGCCUCCCUGGAACUGGUUCAAGAUUUGGAGAGAAGGGUUUGUUUGGGGGCGUUUCCCUGGUCUUAUCUCCGUCUGAGCAUAUGUGAGGGUUGCAUUUAUUUUGACCCUUGCACUUUAAAUUUGAAACCGAAGCAAGAGUUUAAAGUACGACAGGAGAAGAGAGUCUGCUGAACUUUAAACAUGAGGGACCCAGGGAGGAAGAGCCUGGCCCAACUAGAGAAUCUGUGCAAACAGCUUUAUGAGACAACAGACACAACCACUCGACUCCAGGCAGAGAAAGCCUUGGUCGAAUUCACCAACAGCCCUGAUUGCCUGAGCAAGUGCCAGCUGCUCCUCGAGAGAGGAAGUUCCUCUUACUCCCAGUUACUGGCAGCUACAUGCCUUACAAAGCUUGUAUCACGCACAAACAACCCUCUACCAUUGGAGCAACGCAUAGAUAUUCGGAACUAUGUGCUCAACUACCUUGCCACUCGGCCAAAGUUGGCUACUUUUGUGACACAAGCACUUAUUCAGUUAUAUGCCAGAAUCACAAAACUGGGCUGGUUUGACUGUCAGAAGGACGACUAUGUCUUCAGAAAUGCAAUCACAGACGUCACAAGGUUCUUACAGGAUAGUGUGGAAUACUGCGUCAUUGGCGUCACUAUUUUAUCUCAGCUAACCAAUGAAAUUAAUCAAGUAAGUGCUACAGCCUUCCUCAUUGAAGCCGACACCACGCAUCCUUUAACCAAGCACAGAAAAAUAGCUUCUUCCUUCCGAGACUCAUCAUUAUUUGAUAUCUUCACACUUUCCUGCAAUUUACUAAAACAGGCUUCAGGAAAGAAUCUAAACUUGAAUGAUGAAAGUCAGCAUGGCUUGCUCAUGCAACUGCUCAAACUCACUCAUAACUGCCUAAACUUUGAUUUCAUCGGCACUUCUACUGAUGAGUCCUCAGAUGACCUGUGCACAGUACAGAUUCCCACCAGCUGGAGAUCAGCGUUCUUAGAUUCUUCAACUCUGCAGCUGUUUUUUGACCUGUAUCAUUCCAUCCCUCCUUCAUUUUCGCCUCUGGUAUUAUCCUGUUUAGUACAGAUUGCCUCAGUAAGAAGAUCCCUGUUUAACAAUGCAGAGAGGGCCAAGUUUCUCUCACAUCUUGUUGAUGGUGUUAAACGAAUACUGGAAAACCCACAGAGUUUAUCAGACCCAAACAAUUACCAUGAGUUUUGCAGACUACUGGCCCGAUUGAAGAGUAACUAUCAACUGGGAGAAUUAGUAAAGGUGGAAAACUACCCUGAGGUCAUCCGAUUGAUAGCUAACUUCACAGUGACCAGCCUACAGCACUGGGAAUUUGCCCCAAAUAGUGUGCACUAUCUCCUGAGCCUAUGGCAGCGGCUGGCAGCCUCUGUGCCAUACGUGAAAGCCACAGAGCCCCACAUGCUGGAAACUUACACUCCUGAGGUCACCAAAGCCUAUAUCACAUCCCGUUUGGAAUCUGUGCACAUCAUCCUGAGGGAUGGCCUGGAAGACCCUCUGGAGGAUACCGGCCUGGUGCAGCAGCAGCUGGACCAGCUGUCUACCAUCGGGCGUUGUGAGUAUGAGAAGACAUGCGCACUCCUCGUGCAGUUGUUUGACCAGUCUGCCCAGUCCUAUCAGGAGCUGCUGCAGAGUGCCAGCGCCAGCCCGAUGGAUAUCGCGGUGCAGGAAGGAAGGCUGACAUGGCUGGUUUACAUCAUCGGCGCAGUGAUCGGUGGCCGGGUUUCUUUUGCCAGCACUGAUGAGCAAGAUGCUAUGGAUGGCGAGCUCGUCUGUCGGGUGCUCCAGCUGAUGAACCUAACAGAUUCUCGCCUGGCUCAAGCGGGUAAUGAGAAGCUAGAAUUGGCCAUGCUGAGCUUUUUUGAACAGUUUCGUAAGAUCUACAUUGGGGACCAGGUGCAAAAAUCCUCUAAGCUGUACCGCCGACUCUCAGAAGUUCUGGGCUUGAAUGAUGAGACUAUGGUCCUAAGUGUCUUCAUAGGAAAAAUCAUCACCAACCUGAAGUACUGGGGCCGCUGUGAACCGAUCACCUCCAAGACACUACAGCUUCUCAAUGACCUCUCCAUUGGAUACAGUAGUGUAAGGAAACUAGUGAAGCUUAGUGCGGUACAGUUCAUGCUGAACAAUCACACGAGCGAGCACUUUUCAUUUCUGGGUAUUAACAAUCAGUCCAAUCUGACAGACAUGCGGUGUCGGACUACCUUCUACACAGCACUUGGGCGUCUCCUCAUGGUGGAUUUAGGAGAGGAUGAAGAUCAGUACGAGCAGUUCAUGCUGCCACUCACAGCAGCGUUUGAGGCUGUGGCCCAGAUGUUUAGCACUAACAGUUUCAACGAGCAAGAGGCAAAGCGAACUCUGGUUGGUCUCGUAAGAGACCUGAGAGGGAUAGCUUUCGCCUUCAAUGCCAAGACCAGCUUCAUGAUGCUGUUUGAGUGGAUAUAUCCAUCCUACAUGCCAAUUCUCCAGCGGGCAAUUGAGCUCUGGUACCAUGAUCCAGCUUGUACCACUCCUGUGCUCAAGCUGAUGGCUGAGUUAGUUCAUAACAGAUCCCAGCGACUCCAAUUUGAUGUCUCUUCCCCCAAUGGCAUCUUACUCUUCAGAGAAACCAGCAAGAUGAUAACAAUGUAUGGCAAUCGCAUCCUGACACUAGGAGAGGUCCCAAAGGAUCAGGUCUAUGCACUGAAGCUCAAGGGCAUCUCCAUCUGCUUCUCCAUGCUGAAGGCAGCCCUCAGUGGGAGCUACGUCAAUUUUGGAGUCUUCCGUCUCUAUGGAGAUGAUGCCCUGGACAAUGCUCUACAGACCUUUAUCAAGCUGCUCCUCUCUAUUCCCCACAGUGACCUCCUGGACUAUCCCAAGCUCAGCCAGUCUUACUAUUCACUACUGGAAGUCCUGACCCAGGACCACAUGAACUUUAUUGCAAGCCUGGAACCUCAUGUCAUCAUGUAUAUUCUCUCUUCCAUUUCUGAAGGACUUACUGCACUUGACACCAUGGUAUGCACAGGCUGCUGCUCUUGCCUGGACCACAUCGUGACAUACCUCUUUAAGCAGCUGUCACGGAGCACCAAGAAGAGGACGACACCCCUGAACCAGGAGAGUGACCGCUUUCUGCAUAUCAUGCAGCAGCAUCCAGAGAUGAUCCAGCAGAUGCUGUCAACGGUGCUGAAUAUCAUCAUCUUUGAAGACUGUAGGAACCAGUGGUCAAUGUCCCGGCCCCUACUUGGCUUGAUACUACUUAACGAAAAGUAUUUUUCUGACCUAAGGAACAGUAUCGUGAACAGCCAGCCACCAGAGAAGCAGCAGGCUAUGCAUCUGUGUUUCGAAAACCUGAUGGAAGGCAUCGAGCGAAAUCUUCUUACGAAAAACAGAGACAGGUUCACCCAGAACCUGUCGGCAUUUCGUCGAGAAGUCAACGACUCGAUGAAGAAUUCCACUUAUGGCGUGAAUAGCAAUGAUAUGAUGAGCUGACACCUCCUUGGACUCUACCUGUACAGAGCAGCGCCCUUUGGUCUGGCCCAGAGGGGCAAACAAUUACAAGGGAGAGGGCCUGGCUGACCCUGGCUCCCUCCUCCAGGGGUAUGGGGAAAAUGGCAGAGUCACCUGGCUACUUCCCCAGGGAAUAGGGGUGUGAGUGCACUCACUAGGGGGCAGGGCGCUGCUGGUUCCUGGGGGUUGGGUGGGAAGGGUGGUGGGAGGAGAUAGAGACACAAAUGUGUGAGACUCCAGCCCCUCCUCCUGGGGCCACCCCAGGGGGCGGGGGGGGGAAUCCCCAGUGUCCUGCCACAACCUGCCUUGUAUAAACAUGUACAUUUUUUCAUAACAUUUUGAACAAGGUUUAUAUUGACUCAAGUUUAAAAACAAAAAGUGUGACUGAAAAAUUUUUACAGAGUCUAGUGCACCAAUGCUGAUGUGAGGGGUUGUGUAUGCGAGUGAGGAAAAAAUGUGUAUUCUGGUGGCCUGAAGCUUUACUGGACGAGGAUGUGUGAACGUGCAGAGAUAUAUUUAGUGACACAGUGUAGAGAGGCAAAAAAAAAAAAAGUAAAAAUUCCAAAUGUAUAUUUUUUCUUAUUGCCCUUUCCUUGCCCCCAAAAUUAUCACUUCCUGUUACUGUAUUACCCUUGUUAUUAGGAACUCUAAGCCAUGUGGAGCACCAUCCUUCCCCUUCAACCAUAGAUGCUGCCCUAGGUCCCUCGGCCUCUUGCAGUAACAGACAACUCCAGCUAAAAGUGUUUGGUGUUCUAGCUUCAUCCUUUUUCCCACUUUGCUUAUCCUCAUCCUCAGACAGAUGCCUCUUGCUUUUACAAGUCAGAUGUAAUUCUAUGAUUUAGGGUUCUCGGUCUCUGUAAAGGUAGAGACCAGAGAGAAGGAAUUGAGCCAGCUGCUCUCCUGGUGAGCGAUUUGGAUGAGUCCACCAGAGGCCCAGUUGCGUGGCCCGUAACUUUGAGUCUUCCCCAGCCCUUGAGGCAGUGUGUGUGGAUGUGUGCGCAUGGAUAUUUAUAUAUGUACCCUGCACUCGUGAAUGUAUGAACUGGAGGAAGUUACUACAGUGGAGGGGUUCUUAAUAACAAGGUCUGCCUAGCAUGAAGUAUUUAACAAUCUCCCACCCCUUUAAAAAUAUACAUUUUUAUAAAAUGAAAACCAUAAUAAAUGUUUUGAAUAUUAAAAAAAAAUUAACCUACAGAAGAAAAUUAAUGGAGAAAGCUAUUUGCCUUGUACUUUUUCCACAAUUGCUGCCGCUAGUUGUACGCAUCUCUAGUUCAGCUCUUGCCCAUGGGACACUCAUCAUCAAUUAGGUUUUAUCUUUAUUUCUCUCCUCUGCCCCUAAAAACAAGCCUGUUAAUUUUUUUUUUCCUUCUCCUCUGGCGACUGUGUGGUGAAUCCUUUCUUGCGUGAUCAGGUUGCGGAUAGACUUGUAAGGGUGUUUGCUGCAUACAGUGUAAGCAUUGUGACCGCCAAUAAACUUCAAUGGUUUCUA